AUGCCGUCACGAAAAAGAGUACGCAAGCCAGACCCUUUGCCCUACCCAACUCGUCCUUACCUGGCUCUCGGCCUCGAAGGAAGCGCCAACAAGCUCGGAGCAGGCAUCGUUCUCCACAAACCCUUCGACCCUUCCGCUCCAUCCUCGUCCUCUUCGUCCGCGUCCUCCUCCAUCUCCUCUCGCUCAGUCGGCCAAGUCGAGAUACUUUCCAAUGUGCGACAUACCUAUGUCACGCCUCCUGGCUCAGGCUUCCAACCGAGCGACACAGCCAAACACCACAAAGAAUGGAUCAUCCGUGUCAUCUCUGAAGCCGUCCGUCGAUCCGGUAUUGCCUCCCUCGCUGAAGUUGAUUGCAUCUGCUACACCAAAGGUCCCGGCAUGGGUGCGCCCCUGCAAAGUGUUGCUAUUGUAGCACGCACUUUGGCACUAAUGUACAAGAAACCACUCGUUGGAGUCAAUCACUGUGUCGGACACAUCGAGAUGGGAAGGACCAUCACUGGCGCACACAAUCCCGUCGUGCUCUAUGUCUCGGGAGGCAACACGCAGGUGAUCGCUUACUCGGCACAAAAGUACAGGAUCUUCGGAGAGACAUUGGAUAUUGCAGUAGGAAACUGUUUGGAUCGAUUCGCGAGGGUGAUUGGGCUAAGUAACGAUCCAAGUCCAGGACAGAACAUCGAAAAGGAAGCGAGAAAGGGGACAAAGCUCGUACCGCUGCCAUACACAACCAAGGGCAUGGAUGUGAGCUUAGCCGGUAUCCUUAGCUCCACAGAGGCGUAUACGAGAGACAAGCGAUUUAAAUCCAACCCAAAGAUCGAUUAUAGCAAUGCAGCUGUCGGCAGCCUCGCCAACGGGGAAGUGUGGACUGGUGAAGGUGGCGGGAAGCAUAUCGUCAACAUGGACGCCUCCGUCACAGAACAAACACCAGCACCAGUCAAAGCUGUGGACGCAGACGUCGACGUCUCGCAAUCCGGCCCCUCGCAGCUCGACUCUUCCAUCGACAUCAUCACCCCCGCCGACCUCUGUUUCUCUCUUCAAGAACACAUUUUCUCCAUGCUUGUCGAGAUUACUGAACGCGCUAUGGCUCAUAUCGGCUCAAAAGAGGUACUGAUUGUCGGCGGUGUGGGAAGUAACCAGAGACUGCAACAGAUGAUGGGACUGAUGGCGAGCGAGAGGGGAGGAAGUGUGUUUGCGACGGAUGAAAGGUUCUGUAUUGACAAUGGGAUCAUGAUCGCUCAUGCAGGACUGUUGAGCCAUAGGAUGGGGAUCGAUACGAGUUUGGAGAAGAGUACGGUGACACAGAGGUUUAGGACUGAUACGCCUGAUGUUGCUUGGCGAGCUUGA